AUGGGGAAAGGAGGCGGAUGCGUUCCCAGCAAGAAGAAGAAGCCGUCGUACAUCGGCACCACCGGCGAUGGUCCCGGAAUCGACGACGAUGACGCUGCUAAUCCUCCGAUCCCGAUUGAGGACGAUCGGACCACCGUUGACGGCGAUCGAACUACGGCGACGACUACCGCAGCACCAACAACUCCGACGAUGACGGCCAGGACGAUCCCGCCGCUGAAGAUCUUCGUCGUGUACUACUCGAUGUACGGACACGUCGAGAGCUUGGCUAAGAGGAUGAAGAAGGGAGUGGAUAGCGUCGACGGAGUGGAGGCGACUCUGUACAGAGUUCCGGAGACGCUUUCUCAGGAGGUCGUUGAGCAGAUGAAGGCGCCGGCGAAGGAUUCGGAGAUCCCGGAGAUCACGGCGACGGAAUUGGCGGCUGCUGAUGGGUUUCUGUUUGGGUUUCCGACGAGGUACGGAUGUAUGGCUGCGCAAAUGAAGGCGUUUUUCGAUUCGACGGGGCAGUUGUGGAAAGAGCAGACACUCGCCGGAAAGCCAGCUGGGUUCUUCGUCAGUACAGGGACUCAAGGAGGCGGCCAAGAGACCACCGCAUGGACAGCAAUCACGCAGCUGGUGCACCACGGGAUGCUAUUUGUGCCCAUAGGAUACACAUUUGGGGCAGGAAUGUUCAAGAUGGACUCGAUACGUGGAGGCUCACCGUACGGAGCAGGUGUGUUUGCUGGGGAUGGAUCAAGAGAAGCAACAGACACAGAACUGGCUCUUGCUGAACAUCAAGGAAACUACAUGGCUGCUAUUGUCAAGAGACUUUCACAACCUUAA